GGAACUAUGGGACUUGAGGGACCGGAGACAGCUGGGCAGCCACAAGUGACCAUGCUGCCUGCAUUCAAUGCCAGUGACCUAAGAUACAAUGAUGUGGACGGCCACUGGCCACAGAGCCCAGAGAGGUCGCCGUGUGUGGCUGGUAUCAUCCCUGUCAUUUAUUACAGUGUCCUUCUGAGCCUGGGGCUACCUGUCAACCUGCUGACUGCAGUGGCCUUGGCCCGCCUUGCUGCCAGGACCAGGAAGCCCUCCUACCACUACCUCCUGGCACUCACAGCUUCAGAUAUCCUCACGCAACUGAUCAUCGUGUUCGUAGGCUUCCUCCUCCAGGGAGCCGUGCUGGGCCGACAGGUGCCCCAGGCUGUGGUGCGCACAGCUAACAUCCUGGAGUUUGCUGCCAAUCAUGCCUCGGUCUGGAUUGCAGUCCUGCUCACUGUGGAUCGCUACAAUGCCCUGUGCCGCCCCCUGCGCCAUCGGGCCACCUCGUCCCCAGGCCGGACCCACCGCACUAUCGCCGCUAUCCUUGGCACUGCCCUGCUGACGGGCAUCCCAUUCUACUGGUGGCUGGAUGUGUGGAGGGAUGCAGACCCGCCCAGCAUGAUGGACAAACUCCUCAAGUGGGCUCACUGCCUCAUCGCCUACUUCAUCCCCUGCAGUGUUUUCCUGGUCACCAAUUCAGCCAUCAUCCUCCGGCUGCGGAAGAGGGGCCAGAGAGGGCUGCAGCAAGGAGUGAGCAAGAGCUCAGCCAUCCUCCUGGGGGUCACCUCCCUCUUCGCUCUCCUCUGGGCACCACGCAUCUCAGUCAUGCUGUACCACCUGUAUGUGGCCCCUGUCCACCGGGACUGGAGGGUCCACCUGGCCUUGGAUGUAGCCAACAUGGUGGCCAUGCUCAACACAGCUGUCAACUUUGGCCUCUAUUGCUGCAUCAGCAAGACUUUCAGAGCCACGGUUCGACAGGUCAUCCAUGAAGCACACAUGUCUUGUACCUUAAAGUCACAGCCAAAGGGCACAGUAGUAGAACUUGUGCUGAAGUCUGUAGGGGCAGAGCUGUAGAGGAAAGGGGCCAUGCUCAGUAUCCCAGGGGCCUCCGGGAUACCUGCCCAGAGGCCUUUGCAUUUGUUUUGUUUUGGUUUUGGUUUCUGAGACAGGGUUUUCCUGGGUAGUCCUGGCUGUCCUGCAACCUGAUCUGUAGACCAGGCUCGCCUCCAACUUGGAGAUCCACCUGCCUCCACCUCCCUAGUGUUGGGAUUAAAGGCUUGUG